AUGGGGAAAAAGAAAGGAAAGAAGUCGGGGUCCACUGAAGGCCAGGAGGCAGCUCCGCAAGUAAGCCAGCAGCAUCAGCAAACCCAACAAACCUCCCAGCAGCAACCAAAACCCCAGCAAACCUCCCAGCAGCAACCCAAACCCAAGGAAUCCUCCCAGGAGCAACACAAACCACAACAGGGCUCCCAGCAAAGCUCCCAGCAGCAACCCAAACCUCAGCAGAGUUUCCAACAACCGCCUCAACAAGGACAGCAGUGGCCGAAACCUCAACAGCAAGGACAGCAGUGGCCGAGACCUCAACAGCAAGGUUUCCAGCAGCAAGGACAGCAAUGGCAGCAACCACCUCCGCAAUUGCCACAGCAAUGGCAGCAACAACCCCCACAACAGCCACUGCAGCAGCCCCAACAGCAACAGUCCGAACAACAACAACCCCAAAAGCAACCACAACAGCAGCAGCCCCAACAACAACAAAAACAGCAGCAACCCCAACAACAACAAAAACAGCAGCAGCCCCAACAACAAAAAAAACUGCAGCAGCCCCAACAACAACAAAAACAGCAGCAGCCCCAACAACAAAAAAAACUGCAGCAGCCCCAACAACAACAAAAACAGCAGCAGCCCCAACAACAACAACAGCAACAACCCCAAAAGCAACCACAACAGCAGCAGCCCCAACAACAACAAAAACAGCAGCAGCCCCAACAACAACAAAAACAGCAGCAGCCCCAACAACAACAAAAACAGCAGCAGCCCCAACAACAACAAAAACAGCAGCAACCACAAAAACAAAACACACCUGGAGGUAAUUCGGUUCACCGUGAUGUGUCCGUAGCCUCCACAUCAUCAUCGCAUUCUGAUGGCAGCCUUAAGGGAAUCACAGAGAAUAUUGAAAACAUUCGCGUGACAAAAGAAAAAGUCAGUCGCAAAGAUCUGAUGCCGGUGUUGUCUCGUCGUGGAGCGCAUGGCACGCGCGGUAAACCGGUAACGGUGGAAGCAAACUUCUUCCGGCUGCUAGUCGACAAGCUAAUUGGAACUGCGUAUCACUAUGACGUAGCGAUUGACCCGGACCGCCCUAAGAAGUUCUUCCGGCCGGUGUUUGCGCAGUUUUGUAAGGAACAUUAUCCAGGCGUUCCGAUUGCGUUUGAUGGGCAGAAGAAUGCGUACACAUCAAAGCUGCUUACCGAUAAGAAGGAAAAGCUAACUUAUCAACCGAACGACGGUGGUAAAGCGAAAGAGUAUACCGUACAGGUCAAGCAAGCAGCGCAGGUUGAUUUGGGGACAUUGAAAACUUACAUGACCUCGAAUGACACCAACUUGUCGAAGCCAAUGGCCGCCAUCCAGUGUUUGGAUGUGGUACUUCGUUGUGCUUACGAAAACAAUCCCAACUUUGUGCGGUUCAAACGCAGCGUCUAUAUGGUACCGCACCCACAAAAUCAAAUAGACCUAGGCAAGGGUCAUGAGCUGUGGUUCGGUUUGUUUCAGUCGGCCGUGCUUGGUUCGCGGCCAUAUCUAAACGUGGACGUGUCCCACAAAGCCUUUCCAUCCGGAGGCGACCUGUUGAAGUUGGUCGCUAGCUUCAACCGCGGCAACUUGGACAACAUUAACCAGUACCUGUUGAUGGAGCUACAAAGUUACAUAAAGGGUAUGGAUGUGAUCUAUAAGAGCCCGUCCGGUGUCGAAAAACGGAUGCGUUGUAACGGGUUGAAGGAUCCAGCAAAUCAGCAAAUGUUUAAACUUGACGACGGAACGCGACUCUCGGUUGCCGAAUAUUUUGCCAAGCGUUUGAACCGCCCGCUGCGCUUUCCACAUUUAAACGUCCUGCACGUAGGUAGCAGCGUGCGAUCCGUGUAUGUACCAAUGGAGUUCUGCUCGGUGCCUUUUGGACAGGCACUGAAUAAACAACAUCCCGAGGAGUGUACACGAGAGAUCAUUCGUCAUGCAGCCACCAACACGCAGGUGCGCAAAGAUAAAAUCAUGAAACUGUCCGGGCAGAUUAACUACAAUAAUUGCCCGACUCUGAAGAACUUCGGCAUCGCGGUCGGUAACGAGUUCGAGAAGGUGCCGGCCCGUAUCAUCGAUGCACCUUCGCUUGAGUACGCCAACAACGACCAAAUCAAACCGAUGCGCGGUGUUUGGCGGGGUGAAAACAAAAGCUUCCUAAUUCCCAGUCCGGCGGCGACAAAUCAACCGAUGCGAUGGCGUAUCCUGAACCUAGAUCAGUACACAAACGAAUCGACAGUGCAGACGUUCGGCAACAUGCUGUUCCAGCAAGCAAAGCGGUGCAAUGUGCAGAUGGAACCGUUCAGCAUGCAAAGUACGUACGUUAUUGUGCGCAAUGACAAUCGCAAUCGUAUGCCUGAUCUUGGAGUGCUGAUGGAGAACAUAAAGAAAGACAAACCAGCAAUAACGAUUGUCGUGCUGCCGAGUCGCGGGGAUAUGUAUGCGAAGGUGAAACAAAAAGCUGAACUUGCCAGUGAGCGUAUCGGGCUUUUAACGCAGUGCGUGAAGGGCAUGACGGUGGCCAAAAAGGGCACCGAUGGUAGCACCCUGAACAACAUUAUGCUAAAGAUAAAUGCCAAAACAAACGGAUCGAAUCAUCGCAUUCCAGAUGCCAUGACACCGCCGUUGGCAAGAGGAAAAGUGAUGUACAUCGGGGCCGACGUUACACAUCCGCUCAACGACGACACACCUAGCGUGGUUGGUGUAGCUGCCAUGUACGAUCUCAACGGGUUCCGGUACAAUUGUUGCGUGCGUCUGCAAGGGGCACGGGAUGAAAUGAUACGUGACUUGGAAAACGUUGUCUAUCACCAGCUACGGCUGUACGAACAGCACAAUAAGGUCCUACCAGAACGCGUGAUGUACUACCGGGAUGGCGUAUCAGAUGGGCAAUUCGCGGAGAUCCUCACGAUCGAGCUGCAAGCCCUGCGGGCCGCCAUUGCACGCGUAAAACCGAACUACAAGCCAGCGGUCACGUUCAUCGUCGUGCAAAAGCGGCACCACACUCGCUUCUUCCCGACCCAAAGCUGCCCGACGGAAGGUAGAAACAACAAUGUGCCGCCAGGUACGAUCGUUGAUCGUGAGAUUACAACUCCCGAUCGGUACGAGUUUUAUCUAGUGAGCCAUGCCGCCGUCCAGGGCGUCGCUAAACCGACCAAGUACGUCGUGUUGUUCGAUGACUCGAAUUGCAACCCAGACCAACUGCAAGCCUUGACGUAUAACUUGUGCCACAUGUUUGCGCGUUGCAACAGAUCUGUGUCCUACCCGGCACCAACCUAUUACGCGCACCUGGCAGCUUACCGCGGUCGGGUGUACAUCAAGGACCGCCGGAUUAAUAUGCAAAACUUGGAAAACGCGUACCGUGAUAUUCAAAUUAUUCCUGCCGUCAACGAGAACAACCCUAUGUUCUUCGUUUAAGCAACUUUUAUAUUUCCCAUAUCGACAUUUAAUACAGUUAGUUACUCACAUUUACAUUUAUAUUAUCACUUUUCAACUAUAACCUUCGUUUAGCCAACAAGCUGUGACGUAGAUCUUUUACGGGAAACUAAUAAGGCGAUGCAUUAUAUUUUAUUUGCCUUUUGUUUCCCACAUCGAUAUUCAACACAUUUAAUCACUUAUUUUACGGCUGUAUAUUUUCACAUUUAGAGAAUGGAUUUUUACAAGCUAAUAAUUGUGUAAAGCUAUACU